UGGCAGGCCAAAGAUCCUAAAAGUAAUAUGAUUGCAGGCCUGACAGUUUAAUAAGAGAACCAACCACAGAUGCUGCAGUACAAAGUGAGAGGAAGGUUAAUCAGCUUCCAGGCUGUCAGUCUUGGGCAAUGACCCCCCCUCUAGGAUCAAAUAUUAUAAUUCUCCAAGAGCCAAAGAGCCCCUAAUUCAGAGCCACUCCAUAUUGCUAGGGUUCAGUUUUAGACUAAUGCUCCCCCUCCAUAAUACCUGAAUAGCCUCCAGGAACAGGGAAAAGGCAAAACAAAGGAUUGCUUAAUUCCUCAAGGGCAGAGAUGUACAGCUGAGUAGCAUCAACAUAGCAUCACACCGCUCCCUCCUGAUCAGAGGAAGAAAUGAACGAGCCCAACAAAGUGCCCUCCACUUCCAAUCCCUGCAGCCAUUCCAGAGGAUGGCAUAAUCAAUAGUAUCAAAAGUCACUGGGAAAUCAAGUAGAGUGAGAUUGAACGAACUACCUUCCCAUCUCAUUUCCAUCAUAUCACUGCCAUUAGGAUUUUUCCUCACUUCAUCAUCUUCUGGUCCGAUUCCCAAGUGGCAUCAAUAGAUCCCUGUAAUCUCCCACUACUAGAGAUAUCUUUGUAUGAAACAAGGAGAAAACAAACCAGCCUGUGGGGGAAAGAAAGGUGUGGUUUGUAUAUCUGGUUAGAUUGCAUCCCUUCCACUUUCUCUUCUGCAAAGUGAGAAGCAGGAUCUGGGGAGGAGAAGGAAGAGAGUGUGUUUGGCUAACACUCUGAAAGACACAUGACAUCGAUGGCUGCAAUGCCAGGAAAAAAUGGGCGUCUCUAAUUGUGACCUCGAUUUGCAUGUCCUGGUUGCUUUCAACAUCCAAUUGCUAGAUUGUCAGUGGAAGCAUGAAAGGAGGGCAAGAAUUUCCCAGAAUUGGUACAGCAUUUGUCACGAGUAUCACAAAAUUUGCAUAGGAAAUAUUCACUAUUAAGGAGAAUCUUAGGCCAGUAAACUGAGUGAAUUAAGGAAUGAGGUUGGAAGACUUCUACCUAUUUGUGUCCAUUUUAUUUUAGGUAAUAUGUCCGGUUCAUGUGGAACUUGCGGUGCCCCAUGUUUAAAGCCCUUUAUUUCAUGUGUUAAGGAGAAAUUUAACCUUUCCCCUCAAAUCUCUUCUAAAUAUGGAAAUAUGAAUUACAGUUUGAAAUACAGUGCAGCAGAUUCUGAGUUGUUUGCUCAACUCUUGUGAGUAAUUUGAUCAGGACAGAUGUGAUGUCAUGCAUUAGUUGAAACAAGAUCAGGGUGUUAACCUUGAUUAGCUAUUGGGGUUAAGCAAAACUGCAGAGACAGGAGAUUUUGGACAGCCGGAUGUAGUGAUAGAUGGUCUCUUACAGUAGUCAUAAGGGCAGUCCCCAGAUCAUUGAUGGACACAUCAGGUAACACCCUCUGAUAUAUAUAAAAUCUUAUGUCAGAUCCAGAGAGGAUCAAACAGAAGGAAUCUCCAGCCCAAGAAGGAACAUCUCCACAGAACGUAGAGAAACCUGAAAAAGUAGAACGGUUGGGGAGAUGGCAAGUAAGACUCAUAAGAAGACUUGGGAUGAAGAAAUGGCAGGUUCAUUUCAUAUUCCUGCAGGAGCGGAUGCUGCAUUGCCUGAACCUUACUUGUUUACAUUUUGGGACCUUAAUCACAAAUACUUCUUUUUGUUGGAGGACAAGUUAGUGGCAGAUGUGAAAACUCCUGGUUCACCAGAGCAGUUAAUUGCCGUGCUUCCAAAUAAAUCUCUAGAUUCAGCACAAUAUCCCAUGUUUAUGGCCCCUGAAAAAAAGAACAGCUGCCUGUCCUGCGUGAAGUCUGGGACUGGCCAAUAUCAGAUAGAGUUAAAAGAGAAAGAUAUUAGGGAACUUGAGAAAGAUCCCCAAAAUGCCAAAGCUUUCACUUUUUAUAGUAAGCCGGCAGGUAACGGUGAUAAAUGCACUUUUGAAUCUGCAGAGUUCCCAGGUUGGUUCAUGAGCACUUCUUCAGAAGCAGGAAAGCCUAUUGGUCUGAGUCAAAAAGGAGGAACUCAGAACAUCCUGUUUUACUUUGAAAAAAAAUCAUGAUUCAGAAACACUGUUCUGCAUCUAUGUGUCUAAUAGACCUUGUGCAUACAAAUUGGAAUGGAGCCAGAAUGUAUGAUUAGGCCAAUGAAUAGAUUUAGAUAGUAUCUUUCAAAAAACUUUGGAAGAAUUGUCUCAUAUUCUGGGGAAGGUGAAAUAUAUCUUUUGGAUGAAAUGGACUUGGUUGCAUGGUCUUUAUUUCUAUAGAACAAUAUGCUUUCGAACAGUAGAUUUGUUUGCCCAGGGGAAUUAAGUUGGUUGGCUGAGAGUAAAGAGAGUGAUCUUUUGGUAACAAGAUAGUAAUAGCAGAUUUAUGUACCACUUCAUAGUGCUUUACAGCCCUCUCUAAGCUAUUUACACAGUCACCAUAUUUCCACCAAGAAUCUGGUUCCUCAUUUUACUGACCUCAGCAGGAUGGAAGGCUGAGUCAACCUUUAGCCUGUCAGGAUCAAACUCCUGGCUGUGGGCAAAGUUAUACUACUUUACAAUGUUAUUGUGGGGGUGUCCAAACUUGGCAACUUGAAGGCCUGUGGACUUCAACUCCAGAAUUCCUCAGCCAGUCAGCCAGACAAGUCUUAAAGUUGCCAAGAUUGGGCAGACCUGUACGAUUCCAUGUUGUUAUUCAAAUCAGUUUUCUCCACUACCAUGUGGUUCAUUGUUUA